CGUGGCAACACUGGACGUACAUAAAAAAUUAGCGUAAAUUGGGAACAUUUGCAUUAAAUCGAAAAUAUUUAAAAAUUCCUUGGUUUUUAUAUUAUAUUUAUAGUUGAACAGGAUUUUCAUUAUAAAAUAUUGAACGAAGAAAUUUUACUGCAUUAUGGGAUUUCUGACCGUAUUGAAAAAAAUGAGACAAAAAGAAAAAGAAAUGCGUAUAUUGUUGCUAGGUUUGGAUAAUGCCGGUAAGACAACAAUACUUAAACGUUUCAAUGGAGAGCCGAUCGAUACUAUUUCUCCUACUUUGGGAUUUAAUAUUAAAACCUUGGAGCACAAUGGCUACACUCUGAAUAUGUGGGAUGUUGGAGGUCAAAAAUCAUUAAGAUCCUAUUGGCGCAAUUACUUUGAAUGCACGGACGGUUUAGUGUGGGUAGUUGACAGUGCUGAUCGUAUGCGCUUGGAGACGUGCAAACACGAAAUGGAUAUUUUAUUGCAAGAAGAACGUUUGGCAGGUGCGACGUUAUUAGUUUUAGCUAAUAAGCAAGAUUUACCUGGAUCCCUAACCGCUAACGAAAUUAAAGAGGCUCUACAAUUGGAUAAUAUCACUACACAUCACUGGCUCGUACUUGGAGUUAGCGCUGUAACCGGCGAAAAGCUGCUUGGAGCCGUAGAUUGGCUCAUAGAUGACAUAGCUAAGCGGAUUUUUACCUUGGACUAAAGUAGUACUAUUCACAAUUGAACUUCAUAUAAUUCCAUGUAUACGUUCUUUCGGUUUUUAUUACUUCUCCAACAAAUACAAUUUAUACAGCGAUUCAUUGUAGUCACUAUCGAAUUUAAGUUUUAA